GUCUCGUGGCUGCAGCGGUGGAGUGAGUGAGCGCGAGCGCGGCACGCCAGGCACUUCAAAGCCAAACGGAUAAAAAAACACAGCCGCUCCACAGGAAAAAGAACUAAAACAUAAAAGGAAAACAGGGCGGCAUCUUUUGGGACUUUUUUGGGGAGCAAGGAGGACACGUCGGCAGUCCUAAAGUUUCAACAAUAUCUACAAAAUUCUCUGUUCUGCAGAGGCUGAAGCUAAAAAAGGAAGCAUCUGUCCCAUCUGCCAAGCAUCUUCAGAGAAAAUGAGCCAGUGUGUGACCAUGCAGAGCCCAGUGACCUGGAGUUAAAUGUGUGUCUGCUACCUGAGAGGAUAUUCUUGGGCUGGAAGGAGAGGAAAGGGGAUUGUCGAGGUGGUCCAAAAUGUCUCUGUGGAUGAUACUGCCUGUUAGUCUCCCAGUUCUGAGCAUCACUGGGAUAUGGGUUGUAUACGCCAUGGCCCUGUACAACCAGCACGUCUGUCCUGUGGAUAACUGGUUGUACAACCAAUCAUGUGCGGAGGAGCUGCAUUUGCAGAGCGGUCCAUCGUUUUGCUGCACGUUAGACAAUGUUCCUCUCAUCAGUAAAUGUGGGACUCUGCCACCUGAGAGCUGCUUCUUCAGCCUUAUCUGCAGCACAGGCUCCUUCAUGGUUGUGGUGAUUGUUCUUCUUCGCUACGCCCACGUUAUUGAGAAGCAUCAAAACUGUGUUCUCAACACAGCGAGCCUGUCCACAGGCUGGAUCUGUGCUGCUGGACUCAUGAUGGUGGGAAACUUCCAGGUUGACAAUGCCAAAGUUCUUCACUAUGUCGGAGCGGGCAUCGCCUUCCCUACCAGCAUGCUGUUUGUGUGUCUGCAGACGGCGCUGACCUACCGCCUGGCUAAGACCCAGGGGGAAUACUACUUGGCCCACCUCCGGCUUUGCAUGACUCUGCUGGCCUUUGUGGGCUUGGUGCUCAGCGGUGUGUUUUUCUGUCAGGAGAGCUUCGUGCUGCAGCACGCCUCGGCCAUCUUUGAAUGGGUGUUCUGUGUAAUCACUAUGCUGUUUUACGGGACGUUCGCCUUCGAGUUCGCUGGCAUGUCAGGAGACACCAUGGCGGUGCUGGCGCGGGGAGGGUCCCUAGGAUCGGCCAGGAGAGGACUUAAGCUGGACACUCUGAUGGGAAUGGGAGGACAGUCGCAUCCUCAUCAACCUGAUAACAUGUCCAGACUGUAGCCAUUUCUAGCUGCUUCAUUGUUACCUUUUUUUACUCCAUUAAAACUCCAGUGGAAAAGGGAGUUUCAAUCUGCAUGUCUGGACAUCUUCAUUUAACCAUUUAAAAAAACAAAACACAACAUAAGGCCAGUACAGAGUUGGUGUAGACUUGCUGCUGAGUUUGUAUUCUGUCUGCAUCUGGAUUUAUGUCUCAAAGGACCUUGUUUGCAUUUUGCACAUAGUCGUCCAUCAGCUGUGACACCAUCAGCUGUCUUUAUCGACCGGAAGAAGCAGUUAUUUUCUAAUCGAAUAGGGAGAAUUUACUGGUCAAGCCCAACUGUUAACAGUUUCCCUCAUGCCGCUUUGGACCAUCUCAUACCUGCAACAAUACUUUUAUUGGAUGCUGAGAAAGAGAGGCUGCUGGACGGCCUGGCUGACAGUAUCGGAGUGUUGAGACUAAGCAUGAAUAUGUGAAUAAUAAAGGAGCAUAGAAAUGUUUCACUCAAGCCUGCAGAAAGAACAAACCAGUACUCUGCAUUUACACCACAGUUAAGCUAUAUGUUACCCAUUAACAUCCUGCUCUGCAAAAGUUCCCCUUGCUUUAAACGAUAUUUCAUCUUUUCCAAAUGCAUUUUAUUUUUAAACCAAAGAUACAUAGAUUGCAAAGGUUUUUUUUAUUGGCCAAACUUGAUUAGAAUUUGAAUAUUAUCUGUUUGGAAUGCGGUAUUGGUGCUCUAAUUUUACAUGCAGCUGCAAAUCUUUGUAUCUACAACAUUUCAUGCCUAAAAUACACAAAUAUUUUAUUCCUGUAUUUGAAGCAUACACCUUGUGCCUUACACAGUUAAAUGGAAAAAAUUGAUUGUAAACAAGAGAGAAAAAAAAGCGCUUUAUUGCUGUAUUGAUAUUCAGCUUAAAAUAAUACCAGAUUUGUCUGUUUAUAGAAGAAUAGGAAAGAGAGUUCUCUGUGACGAGAUGCAUGCAAGCUAAUUCAAGCCAGAGCACUGGGUUUAUUGGGUUUAGUGAGACAAAACAUGUGCUUUCAGGUUCUGAGAAAGGGCUGCAUCCUAUUCCAUGUACAAGGUGCAAAGAAUGCCUUUUUUAGUUAACCUGCUGGUUUUCUCUUCAGAAAAUUACAAGGAAUCAGUACAUAAGUCUUGGAAUGCAAAACCGAGGAGAAAAAGGGUGAAUUUUCAAUCUUCUGCCUUCUGUUUGGAUGUAAUGUGAUUAUAUUUAUGCAAUAAGACCGUUAGACCACUAGUUGACGAAGGACUAUGUGAGUGCCAGAAAUAACUAGACAAAUAUGCAGUUAGAUAACCGAAGACAGCAAAGUUACUGUUUGUUUUAGGGAUUUGAUGUGGAAACCAGAGAAAACAGACCUCAGUGCUUUAAUACUUGCAUAAAAGGUUAUCAGCCUUGCCUUAAAUACAAAAAAGCCUUGUGUUAUCUUAGUGCUGGUAGGUUGCAAGCAAAUCUGUCAAACAGGAAUUGAUUGAAUUCAGGCUGAAUGUAAACUGAACAUGGGAAGGCUUCAGAGGCUUCUACAGCUGCAACACUGCAAUAAACUGGAAGGCAGAUACCAGCAGCACUGAUUCUCUGCUGCUCUCUGCUGGUCAAGCAGAGUUCGGCACGUCUGUAUCUGAGUUCAGACACAAAGAUGUUAGUUAAAAUGAUUACAGUCCAUUCUGUCCGUCCAUGCUCCCUCCUGGUUUAGUCUGUCAAAUUAUCUGAAUUUACACUACUUUUAAAAUAUGCAUUUUCCUCAUAAAAUGCUGUAUAUGUGUUCUAAAUGUGGAGCUUUUUCCUAUUCCUGUGUUGCUGUUUUAAAAAUAUCCAGUUGAUUAUGCAUCAUAUAACACUAGUAAAUCAUUUGUCCCAGUUCCACCUCCUCCUCAUGUCAUUCCAGCAUAUGCACUCUGUUGUCUUGUUUAUGGAUUCAUUGGAUCUUUGCACUCAGGAAACUCUUCAAACACCAGCUACAACUUUUAACUCAAAGCAGAAUUAAACCUUGCUUCUGUAUCCUGUUUUAAUUAAUCAUGUGUAGAAUAGGCGCUGCUUUUUCAGUCGAUGAUACCUACCUAUGAUAUAUUAGAUUUCUUUUGUAAAUCUAGACUGUAAUGUCAGAUAUAUGUUGCUGUAAUUGUCGCUUUUGUACCUGCAAGAUGCUCAAGAAAGGAGUAAAUAUUGUUUUAAAAAAAAAAGAAUGUCCCUCAUGCAAUCAACAGAUCGCUGUUGAGAGCAUUUUUACAAGCGUAUCAGCUCCUGUAAGCCACAUUAGAAUCAAAUAUUCGGUACACUGUUUGCUAAAAAGCAAAAAAAACGCACCUUGUGCCUUAUGUAUCUUGUUGAUAACCAAAGAGAUCUAGGCUGUAAAAUCUAUUUUUGAUGCAAUGAGAUGUGAUUGUAUGCACAUUUUAUGCCCCGAUGCUCAAUAAAU